UGGAAACUCAGCGCUUCCAAAACCACUUGGAUAAAUACAAUAACAACCUGCUCACUCUUUCCUCUUCACUUCAAAAUCAGCUAUACUUUAAAACUGAGAGCAGAAAAACAACACUGAGAAAAGUGAAAGCGAUCAUGAGCUGCGAAAUUUUCCCAAUUCCACGGGAAUACCGAUUCCGUCCCACCAAAAAGGAGCUGCUGUGUGACCACUUGGAGAAGAAGAAUCAGUGCAAGGACUCCCAAAGCAUUUCCAUCAUCCCUGUAAUCGAUCUGUGCAAGCACGAGCCUCGUGAGCUACCAGGUGAUCCAUCUCCGGAACCAGAACACCAUCAAUUUCAAUUAUUAUUAGUGAUCCAGUCAUGUGUAUUGUGUUGCGUUUUUGCAGGACUGGCGUUCACGGGGCAGGAAAAUCUGGGGAGGAAACUUUUCUUCUUUUUCUUCUUUUGGUUUACAAGGGCAGAGUCUUGGGAUAGCCAGGGCAAGUGGUACUUCUUCGCUCCGCGUGAUUACAAGUACGCUAACAGCACUCGCUCCAACAGGACUACAGGGGAAGGGUUCUGGAAGCCCACAGGCAAGGUCCGCGACAUCAAGGCCCCGGGCUCCAAAGCUGUGAUUGGCAGAAAGAGGAUCUUAACCUUCCAAAAAGAUGGAGAGCCGAAACCCCAGAAGACCGGCUGGGUCAUUCAUGAGUAUUAUCUCAUUGAGGCACAAUCUGAUCGCCCUAAGCAGAUAGGGGACUUUGUUGUAUGUUGCUUGAAGUACAAGUCAGACAACUCUGAUCAUGAUGAGGAUGCUCCAUUCUGCAAUCCAGGUAGUGGUAGCUGCAGCAUGGCCUCCAGUGUUGCAAACCAGGCUGAAGAAAAUUUGGCAUCCAAUGAGCAGUUUAAUGGCACUGAUUAUGAAGCUGAAACUGGUGGCGGUAGGAUUACUGAAGCAGAAGAACACCUGGCAUAUAAGAAGCUGAGAGAUGAGCUUCGGAUUCCCAUUGGAAAUCAGAAUGAAUUCCAAGGCUCGCAAACUGAUCCUUGUAAUCUUUGGACCUCUGUUGAAGGUCAAGCUAAUAGAAGCAAUUCGUCUCAUAUGAUUGAAGAGCGACUAAAUGAUCCAGAAAUGCAUGAGCUACAUCAGUCACCGAUGUAUACCACCAAUGUCCAGAAUGAUGGAUGCCAUAAGAGAAAAUAUCCAUUUGAAGAUAAUGACUCUUCUCUUACGAAUAAGAAGAACAAUAUUUCAACCAAUGAUGGUGAUGAAUUACUAGUCAGCAACACCACAUCUAAUUCUGAAAACCAAGCUGCAGAUGUGAUCCUAGAGGGUGACUCUGUUGUCUUUCGCUUGAAGAAUAAAUCAGAUAAGAAGAAUUUUCUCGUAAGUGAUGAAGGGGAACCGGAUGGCACGGGUGUGUCUAAUUGGAAAAUUCAGGCGGCACACAAAAAUGAUGAACCACUUUUUCAUCAACCUCAGCCUCUGGAUGACUACUGCUCCUCUGCAGUGCGGUCACGGGCAUCCCUAGAGCUGGAAGCUGUUCUGCAAGCCAUUGGCACUAAUGAUGAUUGUAAUAAGUUGCAAUCACCAUGUGGAGAUAGUACUUCUUGUCUAGAAGACAGGAGUGAAGUUUCAACCUGUGAUGAAGAUGAGAAUAUGGAUGGUGUGUUUCCACAGCUAUGUGACCCACCAGAAGUAAAUCUAGAUUCAUUUUUGCGUCCACUUCAACCACAAGAUUACUGCCCCUCCAUACCGCAGUCACCAAUAUACCCAAAGCUGGGAAAUGUUCCAGAUGCCAAUCUCUGUUUUAGUGAAUGCAAUGAUUGGCAGUCUGCAUUUAACAAAAAAAAUUCAACCAAUGAAGUUGACAUACCAGUUAGACAUAUCAUGUCUGAUUUUGAACAUCAAGCUACAGAUUCUAGGAUUCUAGAGGUGCAUCGUCAAACCAAAGAAAAUAUGGAGUCAGCAUUUUAUCCAUUUCAGCCACAAGAUUCAGCUCUGCAGUCAAUGAUGUACAUAAUGCAUGGAGAUGCUCCGCAUAAUAUUGAAUGCAAUGAGUUGCAAUCUUAAUCUUCUGAACAAACAGCUCAGACUCCCUCCAUAGACUCCAACCUACUGAAGUCAUUGGGAAAGGUCUACCAUAGGGAUAGUGGAGUAAGCAGCUAUGAUACAAACACUGAAGUAGCCCAUGGAUAUGAACAACAUGCAUCUGCAUUAGCUA